AUGUCCUACAACGACUACGAUCGCCAUGGUGGCUACGGCCGAGAUGAAGGCGGCUAUGGAAGCAGAGGUGGGGAAGCAGAAGAAUACUACAAUGAGGGGCAGCGUCCGUAUGGCGGAAGACAGCACGAGGACGGUGAUCGUCGGGGAGAGUAUGGAGGUCAGGAAGGAGGGAGGAGGUAUGAUAAUGGUGGUGGUGAAGGCGGCUAUGGUGGGUCAGCGGCAGGCUACGCAAGCGGUGGAGGUUAUGGUGGAGGUAAUUCUGGCUAUGACCAAGACGAAGCGAUCAACCACGCCCGCCAACAUGGCAACGAAGAAGACGGUAACCUGUUCUCUCAAGCUAUGUCUUUCCUCGGCCACAAAAAGGACGACGACGACGACGAUGACGACGAGAUCGAUGAGCAGAAGAUGGUUGGGGCUCAUCAGCAGCUGUACGGUGAUCAAAGCACUCAGGGCCCUCAGGACUCCAAGUCUCUUGGUGCUGGUGCUGCGAUGCAGGCUCUGAAGAUGUUCACUGGUGGAGGAGCCGGGGCUGGAGGUAUGGGAAGCCAGGGAGGUGGUAACUCGCAGAGUCAAUUUAUUGGCAUGGCAAUGGCACAGGCUGGACGGCUCUACGAUCAGCAGAAUGGACAGGGCAAUGUGGCGAGUGGAGCAGACAAGCAGAGCGCGGUCAACGCAGCCGCCAAGUUGGCCUUGAAGAUGUACAUGCAGAGCGAAGGUAAGGGAGGUGGAGGCGGACCUGGUGGUCUUAUGGGCCUUGCCAGCAAGUUCAUGUGA